UUUUUGAAAUGUAAAAGUUAUUCUCCAUUGAAAUAAUAAGGAUCGUAUCAGGAAUUUUUGAAGUCUUAUUCGAGAUGAAGCUAUUUCUUGGUCUUUUAUUGUUGGUUGGUGUGUGCUAUGGUGUUCCUAACAAGCCAUCCUACCGGAACGAGCCUUGCUACAAGCCAUCGUAUGACAAAGACAUCAAAGAAGUUAUAAAAACCAAAAGACCACAUGAAUACUUGGACAUGAGCAAACUUCCAGAAUCCUAUGACUGGAGAAAYAUGAAUGGCGUCAACUUUGCUAGUACUACAAGAAAUCAGCACAUUCCUCAGUAUUGUGGUUCCUGCUGGGCUCAUGGGACAACCAGUKCUAUGUCAGAUAGAAUCAAUAUUAUGAGGAAAGGAAAAUGGCCUGUCAACUAUCUUUCUGUGCAACAUGUGUUGGCUUGUGCCAACGCUGGGACAUGCCAUGGCGGUGGAAUGGCUGGCGUAUACAAGUAUGCACAUGAAACAGGAAUACCUGAUGAAACCUGCAACAACUACCAAGCUAAAGACAUGGAAUGCACUGACUUCAAUCAGUGUGGUACAUGCCUCACUUUUGGAGAUUGYUUCCCAAUCAAGAACUACACUAAAUGGAAAGUCAGUGAAUUUGGAAACGUGGCAGGUCGGGAAAAGAUGAUGGCAGAAAUAUAUGCCCGUGGACCAAUUGCUUGUGGAAUCAUGGCUACCUCAAGCCUUGAUAAAUACACUGGAGGGAUUUACAAAGAGUACCAUCUCCUGUCAGAAGUAAACCACAUUGUUUCAGUUGUAGGCUGGGGAGUAGAGAAAGGAGUGGAAUAUUGGAUUGUGAGGAACUCGUGGGGAGCUCCCUGGGGAGAAAAUGGCUUCCUGAGAAUUGUAACAAGCAAAUAUAACAAUGGGGARGGAAAUAGGUAUAACCUGGCCAUUGAGAGYGGAUGUGCUUUUGCAGUACCCAUUGUGUAAAUGAAUAUAUGCAAUAACCCAUAAUUUUCAGGAGGGAAAUAGCUUGAUUAUAUGUUCAAUGUGYCAUGAAAAGUUUAGAAUUUUGAAACARUAUGAUAUAUUUUGCAAAAGAAAUAUUCAUAGGAGAAACUGAAUAUUUCCAAGCAGAAAAAGCUGGUUGAAAUGUAUGGCUGUUUCACAUUAAUUUUGAAUUAUAUAUAUAUAUAUAUAUUUUUUUUUUGAGUUCCCACUAUAGAAUGGAAUAGGAGCAAUUUUUAAAACACAAUAACACUUAACAUGUUUUUUAUUACUUUUGGCAAAUUAAAACUUUGUAUUAUACAUGGUUAUUACAUUGUUGUUAURGCUUUCUUGGUUACAUGAUAGCUUCUAUCACAUCUUUAAUAUUAUCCUCUAUAAUAMUGUUCAAUAUAUUUUAUACUAUUGUACAACAAUACAUGUCAAUGUAAUUAGUGUAAUAUUUCUGUUAAGAUAUACCAGACAGUGUAAUCUUGUGAAUUCUACAUUAAAAUCUGUCAUAUUUA